UCAAUUUAUCGCUUGAAAAUGUUACGAUUUUUACUCAGAUUAUUUUGCGUGGCUUUUGCUUUACAAUUAGUAAACGGUAGAGCUUUAACUGACGAUGGACGAUUUGAAAUUAAAGAUGGUAAUUGUGACAACGCUAAAACAACGGAGAGAGUUUUUGCAAACCACGUAACAAAGAUAGGAUUACCUUUCAUAACACAGAAAGCUGAUGUAAGUUGGUACGGUGAUGAAACAAUAUAUUGUCUGAUGGUCACAAGCGAAUUGGACGAGUCUGAAGGUUCAUUGGCGUACAUUACUGAAGGGGGCGUCGAUCAUAAGUUUAUGAAAGUUGAAUUAGUUUCUAAAAUGGGCCACGGCUUAGAUUAUAUGAUAAGAGUGUUUGCUAAAUGAGGUUAUAUAAAUUUUUAAGAUAAUAAAAUUGUUUUUGAUGUUU